CGUUGAUACAGUAUGAGGCUGAAGCGGGAAGCGCGUGCGCCUCACUCGCUCCAAAAGGCUGAAGACGCUAAAUGAGCUCGAGCUGGAGGAUCAUUUUUUGAAAACGUUUCUCUCUUUUUCUUCACUGGCUCAUUUGGCUAUUUGCUGCACAUCUUUAUGGUCCCGCUUCGGGCGAAAACGACUUUUUAUUCGAGUUUAUUUGUUUGUUCGUUCCUGUCACACCGCGUAUACGUCAUUCUCACCGGAGCCGGUCAGCGUUGCAUUUCUCUCUCAGAAGACACGCGACUUUACAGAAAGAUAAAACGCAUAUCAUUAUUGAAAAACCAUCUGACCUGAAAUGGCUGAAUGGAGAGCGAUCGUCUGAGAAGACCCCUUAAGAAGUACCUGAAUAUCAUCAAAAAGACAUUCAAACUUACCUCAACUCAUCGCCGUCUCGACGUUGUUAUCAGUCGCGUGGACUAUUCUGAAGAUGACUGAACAUUUUGGCGAAGCAAACGUGGAUUUUUGCUGAACUUGGUGAAUAUGUGAGACAUAUGAAUAUGUGUAGUCGCAGGGCUCCACCUGGGAGAAGAAGGUGGUCGCGUUUCUCCGCGUGACAGCUCAGAAACGAGAAACGCUGUUUGUUCAGACUCCGGGAGUGGACGUGGCUGUCCAGGGUGCUGAAUUUCAUCCUACCGGGUUGAAAACAAGGAGAGUGACGAUAAGAGGUACUGUCGAGCGUGGAUAAACAGCUGAAUAGAUCUGCAUAUUAUAUAUUUGGAAGAACAGGGCAACUUCUGAUGAAAAUCAUUGUCAGGAUUGAAAAGUAACCUGUAAACCGUGUGACUUUUGUGCAAUUGUUUUUUUUUAAACACUGGAGAACAUGCGAAGGACGAACAGUUAAGUAAUACUUCACCUUUGUAUUCAUUAUGCUAAUUCGGCGUCGUAUAUUCCCGUUCGUCAUGUGUGGAUAUCUUUGAUCAUCAUCCGUUUCUAUCAAAGGGCAGGAGCAAACAAACAGUCGCAAAAAUGGGACAAUAACUGAGACAGAUCGGGCGGUUUGUUGUUGUUGUCUGUGCUUUGUGUGUAAGGAGUUCAACAGCCCUGUUUUUGAGACAUGGCAGCCGCGAUUGCCAGCGGUUUGAUCCGGCAGAAGAGACAGGCACGGGAGCAGCAUAUAGACCGACCAUCCACCAACAGGAGGAGGAAAAGCCCCAAUAAAAAUAAAGGGCUCUGCAACGGGAAUCUGGUCGACAUCUUCUCCAAAGUGCGAAUCUUCGGCCUCAGGAAACGCAGACUACGACGACAAGAUCCCCAGCUCAAGGGUAUAGUGACCAGGUUAUAUUGCAGGCAGGGAUACUACUUGCAGAUGAACCCAGAUGGAUCUCUUGAUGGGACCAAGGAUGACAGUAGUAAUUCUUCUUUGUUUAACCUCAUCCCUGUGGGCCUUCGGGUCGUUGCUAUUCAGUCUGUGAAGACGGGCUUGUACAUCGCCAUGAAUGGAGAAGGCCAUCUGUACACAUCAGAACUGUUUACGCCGGAAUGCAAGUUUAAAGAGUCUGUGUUUGAAAACUACUAUGUGAUCUACUCAUCCAUGCUGUACAGGCAGCAGGAGUCGGGGAGAGCGUGGUUCCUGGGCUUGAAUAAAGAGGGCCAGGCCAUGAAGGGGAACCGGGUGAAGAAAACGAAACCAGCUGCUCACUUCCUGCCCAAGCCAUUAGAAGUCGCUAUGUACCGCGAGCCAUCGUUGCAUGACGUGGGGGAAACGGUGCCCAAACACGCUGUGCAUCCCAGUAAAAGCACAAGUGAGCCAGCUGUCAUGAAUGGAGGUAAACCCGUCAGCAAGGACACCAAACCAACAACAUAGCCAGAUCUCAGCUCAGCCGCACUCAACUCUGGAGAGGCGCACUCCUUUUGUCAGACUCUCCGCAUUUGUGGAUCGGGUCCGGGCGUCCUCUCUUCCUUCCUUUCCCUCCGCCUUCCUUCACCUCGCUGACUGUUCCGAUCUAAUUCGACGGACUGGCUUUGGAAGCGUGGUCCGCUGUGCACGUUGGAGGACGCGACUGGAUGAAACCAGCUAAACUCUCACCAUGGAAUGCCCUAACCGAUAUGGAAUGCCUUUUAUGACAAAACCAAUCUUUUUUUCUGUAAUCGAGACAAUCCACAAGAUUUAAAUUGUGUACCGCGGGGCGCUUGCGUGGCGGUUUCUUUUGCCUGCUUACAGUCUCCCGUUAUAGCCCUUUUAUCGAACCCUCUCGCAGCAGAGAACGUACGUUUCGGAUCUAGUUUCUAAAUAUAUAUAUAUAUAUAUGUACGCAGUAAAACCAGCUACGUUCUGGGUUAUACUGUAAAGAUAUACAUACGUAAACUGCAAUCCGCCAUUUUUUAUCAAGUAAGCUCCCGUGUCUCUUUCUCGUCGGUGGCCCUCACUCUCUCCAAAGCUUGAAUUCCAAAUCUUCCCCUUUGUCGGUUACUUGCGACCUAUCUUGUCGUCACAGUUAUGUGUACAUUUUCUAUUCGUACAAUAGUGGAUUUACGGAAAUGCAUCUUCGAAAUUUUGCGACGUGCGUGAUAACCUGCAGGGUGGAGCCACCUAAACAGAGAAUUAAACUCAUCUUUCAAGGUUCUCCUCAUCCUCUUGUCUUGAAAGGGCGUAACACUUAAACAGUUAAUGCCACGCCCCCCGUAGUCGAUAAAAGGAGCCGGCAUGUGCUGGGGAGCUAUAUACAGUACAUAUCAUUAUUUAGUUCCCAGUAGUAUGGUGCAGACUGACCCCAGAAUUUCACUUUUCUUUGCUCUUAAUUUAGAGCGUGGGCUCUAGAAAUAUCUAUAGGCCUUGUAGGCCUCUGGUCAAGGCCCCUCUUUAACAUGCCAACUCCUCUGAAGUAUGGUAUAAUGUAGUAGUUUGAAAUAAUGUGACGCGGGUGGCAGCCGUCAAUAAGUACAGUCUACUUCAUCAGGCCUGUGUGGUAAGGCGGCUCAAUGUAAGUAGGCACCAUUACCAUUGGCUGCACACGUGUUUUGUACAGCUAAGGCAUGGGCAAGGUUAGUAUUAUGUUUUCUCUUUGCGGCGCUGAUACAGUGCAAGAGAUGGCUUAUAUAUAUAACGAUGUUUUCACUGUAUAAAAAUACUAGAAAAAUCAAAAAUAUUAUAUAAUAAAUAAAUACAUAGAUUUUUAACUACCAGAUAUUACGAUUCUGAAAUGAGAGGGGUUUUUCCUAGCUCAGCAUGCAGAGUCCAAUACUGCUCAUCAUGUGCCUGUGAUGACCUCUAACCCAGCAUGCAAAAACGUUCCCAGUAGUCUGUGCUGGGUUAAAGGUGCCUCAUGCCCCAGACGCCAACACAUACACGAAAAUUCAGUAGCAGGUUGACCCACGAAACCAAUCCAAGGUUCAACCCAAAGAGGUUGAUCUUGAAAUUUACCAAAGUCUGUAAACACGAGAAUCCAGCCGAACAAUUUCAGUAACUUCCGGGGUGGUCCUCUUCGGUACUUUCCUCACUGUGAUUAGGGGAGAGGAAUUACAUAAGGCCGUAUAUAUCGAUAAAAACUUGAAGAUCGUUCAUUUAGUAAAUGACCAGGGGUACCUAUUACUAAUCACCUGCAUGUUUUUUUCUUACAGACCAAAGUAUGGGUUGGGUAAGAAACUAGUUUAAGAGGUGUAGGGCUACAGCGAAUGGGCAUGAAUAUAUACAGUAAGGCUCUCUCAUACUCUGGGGAUUGAGACCAUUGCACUUUGCGUUUGAAAUUGUCAUCUACUCAUUGCGUUUUAUGGACAAUUAGGCACAAUUAUCAGCCGAGUUGACAUGAAGCCUGUCUUGCUUUAAAAGUUUUCAUAGUUUGGAUGAAUACAGUUUAGAAUGUUAUGACGUAGACCGAGGCUAUGCUGCUAAAUACAAAUAUAUUACACUUCAUUUAAAGACCUACGUUUUCAUUUAUCGGGAUUAUGAGCUAGUUUCAUAUAAGGAAAUGUUCAAGCACAUUAGUUAGUACUUAAAUACUUGUACAAAGCCGACUUUAAUGCUAGAAUGAGAUGCAGUACUAUACUGAUUAAGUAGCUUCAUAUUUGAAAUCGGAGGCUGGUGUCCGACGUCCACCCCAAACAAAUCACUCACUCAAAUGAGCUCUACAUGCUGGGCUACAGCUGCCCUGCAAACCAGUUAGUAACUGGUUUUAUGAAGGUUGAAUUUAUUUUUGUAAGUGACUGGUAAGUGUGCAUUUGUUAGUAUGUUUGUUUGUUUUAUCCUCGUUUCAGAUGUCCGUGUUUGUUUUUGUCCCAUUCAGGUUGUGUGUGUGUGUGCGUGUGGUGUUGUUUAAUCGUUAUGAGGAGCAAUCACUGAACAACUGAUCAUUUCUGUGGAUCUUUCUUUUAUAAUGUUUUUAUUUUUAGUGGUGAAGGAAGGGUUUCAUUGUCUGUUGGUUAGUUUUAAUGUUAAGUUGACAGUUAAUUCAUCUGUUGCAUGGGAAGAGGGUGGCAUAUAAGAACUGCAUGUUGUAGGCUAUGUGUAUCAUGGACUUGGUAUGUUCUGCUAAUUUUACAUACAUAUAUGCAAAGAGUUUGUCUGCACUGUACAGUUUGUGUUUGUUGUAUACACAGAUACAACAUAUUGAAUAAAAUAUUUAUAUAAAGGUG